UGCAAAGGUUAAUGUUCGUUUUGAUAAAAAGAUUAACGAAUGUAGGUGUUUAGUUGUAAUUUAAAAUGGGAAAGAAGCAGAAAAUUAACUCGGAUUUGGGACGAGCUCUAAUUAAGGAUCGCUUUGGGGGCCCCAAAGCGAGAAAAUUCGUAGGCGACAAGUCCAUGCUUCACACCACGGAGGUUCAGGAUGGAUACGACUGGGGAAGGUUAAAUUUACAAUCGGUAACCGAAGAAUCGUCCUUUCAAGAAUUUUUGGCCACCGCCGAACUGGCGGGUACCGAAUUUCAAGCGGAGAAACUGAACAUAAAGUUCAUUAAUCCGAAAGUGAAUGUCGGUCUGUUAACCGAAGAAGAAAAGCGAGCAGUAAAUGAGUCGCAAGAAAAAAACAGGGAGUUGAUCACGAUUCCGAGACGACCGGCGUGGACUAAAGAUAUGGGCGCUGACGAGUUGGAUCAGAAUGAACGGGAGCACUUUUUAACGUGGCGUCGCACAUUGGCGGAUUUACAAGAAAAACAAGGCGUGCUGUUGACUCCUUUUGAGAAAAAUUUGGAGUUUUGGAGGCAGUUGUGGAGGGUCAUUGAGCGGAGUGAUGUCAUUGUACAAAUUGUAGAUGCCAGAAAUCCGUUACUGUUCCGUUGUGAUGACUUGGAAAAAUACGUAACGGAAGUGUCCAAAGAUAAAUUAAAUCUAAUUCUUAUUAAUAAGGCCGAUUUUUUAACAAGCGAGCAGCGGCAAUUUUGGGCUGACUAUUUUUCCUCGCUAGGUGUGCAUGUUGUAUUUUUUUCGGCGAUUACGGUGCCCACAUCAGCUGAAAUUGAGGAGUCAUCAUCUGAAAAUGAGGAAUGUGAAGAUGAAAGUAGUGAAGAAGAAGAACAUGUUGAAAAGUCUCUGGCAGACUUACACAAGUCUGUUCAAAAACUUGAACAUGCAGUGGAAUGCAGUGCUCAAGAGAUAAAUCGCAUUUCAAAGAAAAUAGAAGAGAUGUUAGAUGAACAACCGCAAAUUAGUAAUUCGAGCGCAAUUUUAUCACGAGAUGGCUUAAUCGAAUUUUUCAAAACUUUCCAUAAGGGAGAAAGGGUAACCAAAAAUUUGUCCACAAUCGGCUUAGUGGGAUACCCAAAUGUAGGCAAAAGCUCCACGAUUAAUGCACUUUUAUGUGCAAAAAAGGUGUCCGUAUCGGCCACUCCUGGAAAAACCAAGCACUUUCAAACUCUUUUUCUUGACGAUGACCUUUUACUGUGCGACUGCCCGGGACUUGUCAUGCCAUCCUUUGUCUACACGAAGGCAGAGAUGAUAAUUAACGGAAUUUUGCCAAUAGAUCAAAUGCGUGAUCAUGUUCCUCCCAUUAAUUUGAUAACUAGUUUAAUUCCGAGGCACAUUUUUGAAGACAAGUACGGAUUAAUGCUACCUUUGCCGAUGGAGUGUGAAGAUCAAAACCGAGGCCCAACUGCAGAGGAGCUUCUUAAUGCAUAUGGCUAUAAUAGAGGUUUUAUGACGUCAAAUGGGCAACCAGACAAUCCUCGUGCCGCUCGUUAUAUACUCAAAGAUUUUGUUAAUGGAAAAUUGUUAUACUCCCAUGCGCCUCCGGGUGUUGAUCAGAAUAUUUAUCACACGUGGCCAAAGCGUCAAAGACUUGUCAAAGCUAAUCGUGUUCUGCCUCCUCAAGAAGCACGUGCCAUUAGGUCAUUGAGAGCCACACCUCAAGAUAUUGAUAAGACUUUCUUCAAUUUGCAAUCGAAUGGUGCUCACGUUAAAGGGAAAUCCACUGAGAUAUUAUCGGGAAGUUCAUCAAAUGGAAAUGUGGAAAAUUCAAAACCGUGGAAACAAGAGAACAGGCACAAAAAUAAAAACAAACGGGAGAAGCUAAGGAAGCUCUACAUACAUUUGGAUAAACAUUAAAAAUCCCACUUUAUUAAUUGUACCAUUUUAAAAUGUAUAUAAAUUACGAAAUACAAACCUUUCAUACAAUAUA